AUGAGUCAUUCUACGGAUGCCCCUGCUCGCGGGUACAUAAUAUACAAAAUUGCCAUUAAUGUUGACUUCCAAGGCCAGACAGUCAAGGGAUAUACGGAAAUUACAAUUAAUAAAACGAAUCCCUCGCUAGAAACUGUUUUGCUUGAUUGCUAUCAAAUAGACGUAUCUCAUGUUACUGUAGAUGGAGCGGAGGCAGUAUAUGAGUAUAGCAACGCCCUGAAGCGUAUACGCCUUAGCCAGACAAACAGUAAUGUUCAUCAGCAUCAUCAAUUGCAAAGUCAAAUGACGGCAAUUGCUCAGGAACUUGGCGGACUUACUGUUCAUCUCCCAAAAACGGAAGAAGAGCAUGCUAAACCAUUUCUUAUAAAGGUCGAGUAUGAGUUACGAAAGCCUAUGUGUGGUCUAACUUUCGUGGGUACUGACGUUGUCGACAAGCGGUAUCCGCAUCUCUAUACUUCCCACUCUACGUUGCCGUACAGUGCAUCAGCUUGGGUUCCAUGCUUUGACAGCAUUUGGGAGCGUUGCACAUGGGAGCUAGAGGUUACCAUUCCAAAAACACUACUUCUUGUCGAUGGCGUAAGUACUGUUGCUGAUCUGGAUGCAGCAGAAAGUCAUGACAUUGAAGUAAUCUGUUGUGGUGAUUUAAUUGACCAAGCUACUCAUCCGGAGGAUAACACGAAAAAAACCGUGUACUUUACGGUAAACACUCCUGUUUCCGCACAAUAUAUAUGCUUUGCGGCUGGCCCAUUUCACCACAUCAACUUAACAGAUUUUCGGGAAGCCGAAGAUGACGACGCUAUGGGAUCCAGUGCCGUCGAAAUCUCUGGUUAUUAUUUACCUAAAUAUCUCGACGAAGUACAAAAUACGUGUGCUUUCAUUUACAAAGCAAUGGACUUCUUCGUUCGCGAGUACGGAUCGUAUCCUUUUACUACAUUUAAACUCUGUUUUGUUGAUGAAAUCACAAUUCCGGUGAUUUCAUCUGCUUCAAUGGCUAUUGUUGGCAACAGUUUACUUUAUCCAAAAGAUAUUAUUGAACCUAUUUAUGACUCAACACGCACACUCACUUGGGCCUUGGCAAGUCAGUGGAUUGGCGUAUACGUGAUCCCUAAACAUUGGCAUGAUUUGUGGCUGAUCUACGGACUUUCCUUUUACAUCACGGGUUUAUUCUUGAGGAUGUUAAUGGGAAACAACGAUUAUCGGUUUCGUUUAAAAAUGGCAGUAUACAAGAUUCUUGAACUAGACGUUGGGCGGCCGCCCAUUGCUAGUACUGAUGUUUCUCUUCCCAUCAACUUAGCAGCGUUAGAGUUUGUUGCGUUGAAAGCUCCUAUGGUUAUUCACAUUUUAGAGCAGCGUCUAACCAAAACUGGUGGUUCACUCGGUAUGUCAAGAGUUAUACCAAAGUUGUUACUGCAAGCAAUGAGUGGUGAUAUGCACAAUGGUUGUUUGAGUACGACGCAUUUUCUCAAGACAUGUGAAAAAGCUAGUCAUAUUAAACUGGAUGUUUUUGCUCAACAAUGGAUAUAUGGAUUUGGUUAUCCUAUCUUCCGUGUUGUGCAAAGAUUUAACCGGAAAAAGAUGAUUAUUGAAAUGGGUAUCAAUCAGGUUCAAGCAAAAGAAAUGCCUAAACUCAGUCGUAAUAGCUUGGAUUUUAUGGAUGAAGCAACCCGCCAUCUUAAUGGGGAGACUGUCAAGCCUGUAAUUCCGGUAUUCAGUGGGCCAAUGACUAUUCGAAUCCAUGAGGCCGAUGGUACUCCGUAUGAGCACGUUGUAGAGUUAAAAGAUACGUUCACAAAACUCGAUAUACAGUAUAAUACCAAGUACAAACGUAUCAGCAGAAAUCGUUCAAGCAAGAAUGUUCGGAAAGAAGGUGAUGACCACGGCGGCCUUGAUUCAGACUAUGUCAUUAAAAGCCUGGGUGAUAUUCUUCAGACGGAUGAGGAUGUUGAGAAUUGGCACCUUUAUGAUUACACCAAAGAGGAUGAAGACGCUAUGGCAACUGAAGCCUUCGAAUGGAUUCGAGUUGACGCCGAUUUUGAGUGGAUUUGUGGACUUCGUGUUGGUCAGCCAGAACAUAUGUAUGUCUCCCAAUUGCAGCAGGAUCGGGAUGUCGUUGCGCAAUUGGAAGCCAUCCGUUACUUCUGUAGCGACAGUUUUAGACCAUCACGUCAAGUGUCUACUGUCCUACUAAGAACACUUAUGGAUUCUCGGUAUUACUAUGGCAUACGUCAAGAAGCGGCAUUAGCUCUAGCAAAAUGUGCUACAGAAGAAUUGGAGUGGAUUGGACAUUUUCAUUUACGUAAGGCAUUCCUUGACAAAUUCUGCUUCGAAAAUUCAACUAUACCAAAGAGCAAUGUUUUCUCGAGUAUUAUUGAUUAUUACUUAAAGUGUACAAUGGUACAUGCCUUUUCAAGAAUUCGCGAUCGAAAAGGAGAUACCCCUAUUACCGUGAAAAAGUUACUGCUUGACUUGCUAUGCUUUAAUGACAAUGCAAAUAAUGAGCUUUCAGACGCUCACUACAUUUGCCAUUUAAUUGAAGCACUUGUUGAUGCAUUGAUUCCACGUGGGGAAACAAUGCAAUUUGCUUUCAGUGAUGCCGGACAUAUGCAAUUCGUAAAGACCGUUAUUGCUGAGAUAGAUCGUUAUUUGCGUAUCGACGGCUGGAUGCCGUCGUAUUGUAAUGUUAUCUCACGUACGGCUCUUGAAGGAAAAAACAAACUAUCACAGGUUUUCCACUUAGGCUUUGAGGUCAAAGAUCUAUUUCCUUACGUGCAAGAAGGAAACUUCAAUUUGCUACGGAGCAAGGUAUUUGACCUUAUGCUUAGCAUUGGUGCUCUUAAGGUUUCUUCUUUGAUGAAAUACAUGUUUUACAUGCUGGUCAAUGAUCCAUCGCCAUGCUUCCGACAAAAUCUCGUUCGUUCUAUCAAUUACGGUUUUGGUGUCAUUGCACGAAGUAGUACGAAAGCAGAAACUGUUGACAACGAUUUGGUUGUGGAAGAAGAUGUUAAUAAGGCUGUCGAAAAACGUAUUGAUAUCACUUCUCGAGCCAGCAUCUCUGGCGCCAUUGAAGCUUUACGACAUGAUAUGGGGAAAAAUGAGGAGUUAGCUAAUACUCUUUGGGAAACAGUAAAUAGCACAAAGAUAGACCUAGUGACGAAACAGUCUCUGCUGAAUAUCUGUCGUGUUCUUUAUGAGACAAAAUCUUCGCUAAUAGUCGUCCUAAAAAUUCCUAGUUUGGUACCGCAUCUGCGUGCAAUUCAUCUUGGAAAGGGUAAAAUUGUUAUCAAAAAGGCACCGCUGAAAACUCUACCUACGAAACCUGCGAAAACUCCCCAUGUUAUAAUAAAAAAUACUCCUCCGGCGCCUCCAGCAAUCAACACGAAACCUAAAGGACCCACUUUACGGAUAAAAUUGACUAAUUUACGAAAGAGGUCUCCAUCGCGUUAA